AUGGUUCGUCGGUACUACAAAUAUGUUGGAAUGUACACCAGAAACGGUACUGGCCCUGAUUUGAAUGGAGGAGAAGAAGGUUCCAUCGAAACGGGACGAGAACAAGAAGAAAUGGAGGAAGGUCGAGGAGACUACAGUUCGAUGAAUGGGGGUGAUUUUAUAGGUAGAUCAAUUGAAGCCGAAAAUUCAGAAGCAGAAGUAGGAGAUGAAGAUGACUUCGUUUGUUACGGAUCUGAAAUGAAGGAACUACUGAAAAGUGCCACAACUUCUGUCCUUUGCUUCUUGACAUCAGCAUGUUUGUCCAGAUUCACUGAAAGAGAUUUUCAACGAUUUCUUGCAUGUCAUCCUCCACCUUUUCGAUUAGAGGCUUCAUCUUUGUGGAAUUUUCGUAAAGGACAAUACUCUAUUAGAAAAUUUUGCAACUCUUGUGGAGUGACAGCAAGCAGAGACAGAUGUGACAGAUGUGAUGGAAAAGUCUUGAAGUUUAUCAGAAUUGGCGCUUUUUCUCAACUUGUUGACCUCGUUGAUCGAAACCUACCGAAGAUCAUGAAACUACGGGAAAACUUGAAAUCAGGGCGGAAUUCGGCACAUAAUCUAAAUGCAGAAUAUUUGAAGGGGAGAUGGAAAUCGGAAACGUCGAAGGAACUCAAAUUAACACUGCUGGCAUCUGUGGAUGGUGUCACUUUACAUGGAAACACAAAGAAGAAGAUAUGGCCUAUCACACUGAAACUUGCUGACCUGCCCACAUCGGAAAUGCAGAAAUCUAUUAAUAUUUUGCUUCAAGGCGUGAUCGAAGGAUCGGAGAACCCCUCAACAGUGGCGUGGAACCAAUUGCUUCCUACAGUCUUUAUGGAUGUAGAAGGAAGAACUGGAGAAGCAGGAGGGAACGAUACCUACAUCGAAAAGGGGUUUUAA